GUUGCGGGUCCGCUAUAAGAUCAAAACAGGAGAGCUGUUCAUCCUAUAGCCAGUCUGCCUCGAAACCGUGGGAGCUAGUCCUCUCCUCACCUGUCCGCCGCCCUCCCCGGUCUGUCCACAACUUCGCCCGUCCUUGUCACGAAUUCACCUCAAGGGGACGGUAGAGACUCGACUGAAAAUUUUUUAAAUAAAUAAAAAUCACACAAGUAGCUCGGCUAGGUACACAGCGUUCCGAGCGGCACAACUCGCAAACAGGGAGAUCCUCGAGUUGCUCGACUUUACGGGCGUCUACUUAAACACGAGUCAAGAACCCCUAGGGAGCUUCCCCCCUUCUUCUACCCCUCCCUCCCCAACUAACACCCACCUAUCUCUCUACACCUAUUACAUGCCCACAUACGAGCUGGCCCCGGCACCGUAACCCCCCCCCCCAGCCCCUAGCCCGCCAUGGCCUUCACCAUGCACUCGCACUCGGGGCAGUUCUGCCCGGGCCACGCCAAGGACCAGCUCGAGGCGAUCGUCCAGCACGCGAUCAGCCUCGGCUACACGACCAUGGGCCUCACCGAGCACAUGCCGCGCAUCGGGCUCGAGGACCUGUACCCGGAAGAGCUCGACGACCCCGAGGCCUCGCUCGCCGCGCUGCUGCCGCGGCACGAGGCGUACCUGGCCGAGGCGCAGCGCCUGCAGCGCGCGUACGCGCCGCGCAUCCACAUCCUCGUCGGGUUCGAGGGCGAGUGGCUGCGGCCGGACGCCUACGCGCCGCUCGUGGCCUCGCUCGCCGCACACCCGGCCGUCGACUACUUCGUCGGGAGCCUGCACCACGUGGCGGGGGUGCCCAUCGACUACGACGGGGCGCACUACGCGCGGGCGGUGGCGGCCGCCGAGGCCGCCGCCGCCGCGGGCCAGCGCGCCGCACCCUUGGCCGGCAGCGGCGACGCCGAUGCCGAUGCCGAUGCUGUCGACCUCCCCCUCCCCGCGCGCGGCGAGGAGGCCGCCUUCGCGCGCUACUACGACGAGCAGUACGCGAUGCUGCGGGCGCUGCGGCCGCGGGUGGUGGGCCACUUCGACGUGGUGCGGCUGCUGAGCGCGGCGCCGGGGCGGGACGUGCGCGCGGCGUGGCCGGCGACGGUGUGGCCGCGCGUCGCGCGCAACCUGCGGCUCGUCGCGCGCUACGGCGGCUGGCUCGAGUGCAACACCAGCGCGCUGCGCAAGGGCCUCGCCGAGCCGUACCCGGCCCGCCCCGUCGCCGAGGAGUGGCUGCGCCUCGGCGGCCGCUUCACCCUCUCCGACGACAGCCACGGCCGCGCCCACCUCGGCACCCACUACGCCCCCGCCCUCGACUACCUCGCCGCCCUCGGCGUCACCGCCCUCUGGACCCUGCGCCGCGACCCCCACCCUGGCGCCCCCGCUGGCGCGCCCAAGGCGAAGCUCGUCGAGGUCGAGGUCCCCCUCGAGUCCGUCAGGGCCGUCGUCAGCAAGUGGACGUAGUCGCGAGGGACCGCACUCGCGGAGAGGCGAUAGGAGGCUGCAGCUGACAGCCGUACAGGCGGCCGGAUGGUUAAGGGGGUUGGCACUAUGAAAGACCGGGGAGGUUAGAGAAAAGAAGAAGAAAAGGCUAGAAUUAGACCGAAGAGGCCCGGUGUGUGAUUCUGUCGGGUCCGGCGACCGAUCGUGCCGCGCCCAUAACCUGAGGGCAUAGGUAGUAAUAGCAUGGUGGGGAUUCGGCUAGACGUGUAGGUAUAUAUAUAUAUAUACCUA